AUGCGCCACUCCAACGUCUACGAAGAACGCUCCCUCGGCAUCUACGCCGACGACGAGGAGCAACACCUCAACCCCUUCCAACCCUCCGAGAAAAACCACCACACCACCGGCAGCAACAUCGUCGGCGACUUCUUCCGCCAGAACCUCAGCUUCGCCGGCGUCGGCGCCGCACGCCCCGCCGCCGGCACCCACGGGUACGAGUCCCGGACGAGCUUCGUCAGCCAGCAGAUCCGCGGCCAGCUGGCGCACGACCUCUGGCUUCUGACGCUCGCGGUGCUGCUGAUUGUGAUCAUUGAGACGUCGCACUUUCUGGAGGACCCGGUGCACUUUUCGGUGUUCAAUGUUGUGUUUGAGGUUGUCUCGGCGUAUGGGUGUGUGGGGAUAUCGGUUGGGUUGCCGAAUGAUGCGAUGAGCUUUGCGGGCGGGUGGCAUGCGGGGAGUAAGCUUGUGUUGUGCCUUGUUAUGUUGAGGGGGCGGCAUAGGGGGUUGCCGGUUGCGUUGGAUCGGGCUGUGAGGUUGCCUGGGCAGAGGUUGUUGGAGGAUGAGGAGGAGGAUUGGAGGUUGAGGAGGGCGAGGAGUCGGGGUGUUGAUAGUAGAGCUGGUUAG